AACUUUGCUUAUUUUCAUUACAGACUGCUUUACAAUGGCUACUAACACAGCAGAUGAUGGAUCAAAAUGUCCUAUAUGUUUCGAGAUUUAUAAGGAACCGAAAGCACUUGUCUGCUUACAUACAUUUUGCGAGGCAUGUAUUCAGGAGUAUAUAUUAAAAAGCAAAGAGAAGGGUAUACUAUGUGACGGGAUAGAGUGUCCUCUCUGCCGAUUUGUGACAACUGUAGUAAAAGACGAGCCACCAGAAAAGUGGGCUAAAUCUUUAAGACCGAAUUUUGCUCUUGCUUCAUUACUAGAGAGUGCAUCAUUUAGCAUCAAGUCGUCAGAGAAAGAUGAAAAAUUAUGUCAGCCGUGCUUGAAACAGAACAAUACAACUUCUGCAACAAUCUUCUGCUCUGUUUGUAACGAGAGGCUAUGUGGUGAAUGCAAGAAGGUCCAUGAUAGCUUAGAGUUCACGAAGAAUCACGAAUCUGUUGAAAUUGAGAAAAGAGAAAUUGUUGAGUUUCUCACAGCUUUUCAAACUUUCCAGAGAUGUCAACGACAUGGCAAAAAGGUUAAGUUCUAUUGCAAAGAUGAAGACAAACUAUGUUGUAGUACUUGUGCUAUUAUUGCACACAGGGAAUGCAAAGGCUUGAUAGAAAUAAGCGAAAUUGCAAAGGAUAAGUGUAGCUCAAUUCAGUGUUCUAUACUUUCGAAGCAAAUAUCGGAAUUAGAGAAUACUAUGAAAUCAUCUGCAGCACACUUUGUCAGUGAAAGUAAGAAAUUGACGUCACAAUCAACUGAACUGAUGGACAAUUUGAAACAGCUUAGAGAAAAAGUCAUUCAGCGUUUCGAUGCAUUAGAAGACAACUUGAAAGGCGAAAUAAAAGCAGUACAAACAGCAAAAUCAUCUGAAAUUAUGAUAAAUGCAGUCGGAUGCGAUGAUAUUGCAUGUGAAAUGCGCCGUUUAAUGCAUAUGUUAGAACUUGCAAACCAAAACGGCACCGAAGAACAACAAUUUGUCGUUGUGAAAAAGUUAAGGGACGAAUUUGCGGGUCGAAAAUCUCAAGCCGAUUUAAAGUUUGCCGAAGUUGAAUCUAUAAACUUAUCACUGAAUAUUCCCAAAACGAUGGACAAUUUCUUAGACAUGUCACCAGAAAAUCUGUCUGUAUCAGUCGAGUCCAAAACAGAAGUUAUACCAAGCUGUGCUGCAAAAACGCUCAAUCUUUUGGCCGAAGUCAAGAUUGAACAAGAUACAAAUGAAGAAUAUGAACCAUGGUAUCGUGGAAUAGGAUUUCUGAAUGAUGGUAGAAUAGUUGCUGUUGAUAAUAGUAAUAAGAAAUGUGUUUUGAUGAAUGAAAACUUAGAAGGUAUAGGGGAACUCAAAUUGCCAUGCUCGCCGCUUAAUUUAACAGUUACUGAGGAAAACUGUGUUGUCAUUACUGCUGGAGUGAACAAGAAAUUAUAUAUCUAUGAAGUAAAUGAAAAUAAUACUUUAACUGAAAAACAUGUCAUGCCAGUUUCCCAGAAGUGUGAUUCUAUAACAAACUUUGACAUCAAUAAAUAUAUUGUUGGCGCUUUUGAUAGUUCAGAACCUGCUCAUGAAAUUAACGUUGCCGGAGAUAUAGCUCAGUUAAAUUUUGAUUUUGAAGGAAUGCAGUUUACUACUGCGAAGGACUUCAAGUGCUGCUAUACGAAAGAAACAAGACAAUUACUUAUAACAGACAAUAGAGAAAAUGCAGUUUAUGUAUGUAAUCUCGCAAACGGAAACAGGAGCACAGUUCAUGAUAAAAGUUUCGUGAAACUUAGAGGAAUUUCGCAUUAUAUGAACGACUUGUAUUUCAUCUGCUCUUCAGGCACCGAUUCAAUUGUGCAGUUAACAACGGCUGGUAAAGUGUUAGCUGUAAACAAAAUAAAUACGAAAGGUCCAUAUUCAAUCUGCAUUUCACAAGACAAAAACAAAUUGCUUGUGUCGAACAAUCGUUCAGAGGUUAAAAGGUUGCUUCUCUUCAAAAUUCAGUGAACAGUGGCAUAUCGUAUGAAGUGUUGUUUUGAAAAUGCACUGAUAUGUGCUAACAUAUUUAGUUAAACAUACAUAUUUAGUAAAACAAUCUAAUUUAACACAAUAGCUAAAUCAUUUGGUGUUGAUAGUUUUAGCUCUCUGGAAUUCAUGGUUUUCCGAUAAUAUAAAGAAACAUCAUUUUUUGUUUCAUACAAGUUUGUGUUAAGCUAAUUCCAUAAAAGGACUGAUACUUAAGUUCAUUCAUCCAUACCAUCAUUUGUGAAGUUGCGGCAUGUGUCCAAUCGUCUGUCCCUCUUUCAGUGUCCGUCCGUCAUAUCGGUACGAAGUAAAAUUGUUGGAACGAAUGCGAAAGAUUUAUAGCCGUUAAAAAUUAUAAAAUACUGUGUUUAGUAGAGAUAGUACCUAAAAUUUUAAAUUAUGAAAAGCAGUUAAAAAACUUUGCUUUGGUUGUUUAAAUACAUAAGUCUUGAUUUGAUCAUUUUGAAGCAUGUUGUUUAAAAUUUUCUCAAACUUUUUAUUUAAAGCGACUGGCCUCCAGAUCGUUUGACAAAAAAAAAAUUUAAUAUCUUGAAAUAAAUGCUAUAUUUCUUAAGAAGGCUUUAAAACUUAAUUACUGACUAACUUUAUAUUACGGAAACACAUGAGAAUUUGCUUUUUUACUACUUUUUACGACGAAAAUCGAAAAGAGUUUGUCACGCUUUUACUCCAGGUAAACUGUCUCGAUUAUAAUUAUCUAUACUUUGAAGUCAUUAUUCACUACUUCAGCUAUAGCGCUAUUGGUUACGACGACGGGAAAAUGUCUUUAUUGCCGCGGCGGUCCGGGGUUCGAUUCCCGGCGCGGUCAUCUUUUUUUCUUGAUUUGGAAUUUUUAAAAUAUUUUAGAAACAAAAAUUCAUAUUCUAAUGUUCAUAAUAUGACCAAACUUCAAUUUGAAAGAAAGAUUAUUUUUUAGCCAAAUCUGGAGGUCAGUGCCUUUAAUUUCCAUGUAUCUCCUCCUGCAGAUAGUCCUAUCUAUCAAGUCAGUGAUCAAUAUUUAAUCCCCAAUUAUAUCUGGAUUAUUACGGAAGAACUUAACUCAAUGCAAACAAAUUGUCAAAUACAUAAUUUUUGUAUAACAUCGGAAAAUUGUUUUAAGUGUAAUAAAAUAAAUUCAUAUCCACUAUUUAAGCUGAAAUUUACAUAUAAUGUUAUUUCUACCAUAUCACAUAUCAUAUAUAUAAAAAGAAGAAAAAACUCUUCAGCAUUUACCAUGAAAUUUGAAAUUACAAUGAAAUGACUUAUCACUAAGUUUUUAACCAUACAGGUACUUCAUUCGUCCUAUUAGCUGGUGUCAUACAGGUGUGCAGGUUAAUGCAGGGUGUCAUUGAUUGAUCUCUUAGACUAGUACUAUGUCUAUACCUAGGCAGUAAAAAACAGAAAUGCUUUGCUAUAAAGUGUGCUUGUGCAUAUUGGUUAGGUAUACAUCUACGACCUGUAGAAACAGGUACUAGAAACUAGAGAAAAACAAACUUACAUGUUAAUUAAAUGCAAAAUUAAAACAAUAUUGGACGGAUGCAAGACCAUCACUACAAAAUGAUUACAUGUCUAUCCACUCAACCUACUGCGCAAUGAAGACCAUUAAACUUACUUCCUAUAUCUUUUGGUUUAAAAGAGAGUGCUAAGCACUGAUUGUUUAUUUACAUGUUGCUAAAACUAAAAACGCCAUGAUACUGUGCGGUACUUAUAAAAAAUGAUUAUCCUGUGUUUUAUUUUCAAUAGUUAUAUCGCCAUUUAGUUCAGGGCACUGACAGUUAAUUUCUAUACGGAAUAUUCUUAUGGACAAUAGUUAGUUUAGUUCAAUUCGU